GCGCCCCCCGAGCCCGAGCCCGAGCCGCGCGCCGGGGAGGGCCGGCCGGCCGAGGACGCCGCGGGGCCCGGGGCCGCGCCGGCCGAGACUGCGCCCCGGCCCGACUCCGAAGGCGGACGCGCGCCCGCCGCCCCCGACCCUUCUUCGGCCGAUCCGCCCUCCGACCCAUCGGCCGAUCGUAUUUGUCUGAUGUUCUCUGACGUGACUUCACUGAAAAGCUUUGACUCUCUUACAGGCUGCGGAGAUAUUAUCGCAGACCCCGAGGACGAGGCAGGGCCCAGCUGUGCCAGGCAUGCCCCCGCGCCGGGCCAGCCAGGCCCCGCCCAAAAGCCCCCCGGCGUGGUGGCCUACCAGGGAGGCGGGGAGGAGAUGGCGAGCCCGGCCGAGGCGGACGACUCGUACCUGCAGGAGUUCUGGGACAUGCUCUCCCAGACCGAGGACCAGGGCCCGGGGCCCCAGCAGGGGGAGGCCCCGGCGGCGGCGGCGGCGGCGCCCGAAGCUCAGGUGGCCCCCGAGACCCCCAAGGACGCCAGGCGGGCCGAGGGGACCAAGGACGCGUCCUCGGUCAAGCGCCGGAGGCUGCACCGGCUCCCCACGGAGCUCCAGCCGAAGGAGGAGCCCAAGCACCCGGACGAGGAGCCGCAGGAAGGCGUCCCCAACAGCGACGAGGGCUACUGGGACUCCCCCACUCCCGGGCCGCGGGAGGACGGCUCGGGCGGCGGCGUGAGGAAGGCGGGCCUCCCCCGGGACAGCGACAGCGGUGACGCGCUCUACGAUCUCUACGCCGAGCCCGAUGGAAGCCCCGCGGCCCUGCCCGCCGCCGCCGAGGACACGUCCUGCUCGUCCAGGUUAAAGCCCGUGUCUCCGGUCACCGUCACCUGUGCCCUGCGAACGCCGGGGAGCUUGCUGAAGGACUCCAAGAUCCCGAUCAGCAUCAAGCACCUCGCGAACCUUCCACCCAGCCACGCGGUGGUGCACCAGCAACCAACCAGAAGCGAGCUGCCCAGAACCAAAAUCCCGGUGUCCAAGGUGCUGGUCCGCCGGGUCAGCAGCCGGGGCUUGGCCGGGACCACCCUCCGGGCCGCGGCGUGCCACGACAGUGCCAAAAAGUUGUGAGGUCUCCGAGGCCGAGGUGGAGGGGCCGCUUGUCGAGGAACACAACUUUCCUCGGAAAACACUGCAGCAAGUUUUGCACCCCUCAAAGAAAGGCCUUUCGGACCGUCCCUGCUCCGAGCCUGGACCAAGGAGGUCUUUGUGUCGCCAGCAGGGGCAGGAUACACCAGGCAGGGGAUGCCACACGCGGGAUUUCCCCUCCAGAUAAGUCCCUGAGAAUUAUUUUCAAGCACUUUUUUUUUCUUUUUUACCUUUUUAAAAAUCUUUUUUUUUCUUUCUUUUUUCUUUAAUGCACUGAACGCUAGGAAGUCACCUUUACUUGCCUUUGCAGAAAACAGAACUUAACCCAAUCUAAGGAAGCGUCACGCCAUGAUAUUUGGCUGUGCCGGUGUCCAGCGGGCCUGCAGGAACCAUGGGGAGAAUCAGAGGAGCCCUCCUCUUCCUGACACUUUCCUUCCUUCUUUUCCUUUUCCUUUCCAGGAAAAAAAAAAAAAAGGACCCUUUGCUGUAUCACUGUGUGGAAAACAUCUACAAAGCUGAGUCAGGUAAUUUACCUGAUGAGCGGAAGCAUCGCUGAUUGGCAGAAACCCCCCGGUACUUUCAGUUGCUAGGUAUGCAGAUAGGUAUUUAUCUACCACUAGGACGAUCAAGGAGAGUUUGGAUUUGGUGGGUUUAUUUAGAUCAUUUGUUUGGAGAGAAAAAAAAAAAAGCUCAGCAGAGCAGGUUUCCCUCCCUUUUUUUUUUCCACCCAGUGCAGAGAUCAAGAUCAGGAAAAGAUUGCACUAAACGCCAACAGACACAGUGUUUUAGCGUUUAUAAACUGUAACCUUUUCAUGUGUACAUGAUGCAUAUUUUACAGAUUAUCCAGCUGUCAACCUUUUAUAAUCUGUCAGUAACCUCGAGUAUAAAAUCUGGUUUUUUAGCUAGACACGAUAACCGUUCUCAAACCAUUGGUGGUCUUUUAUGUGCUCUAAGCGGAAGCAGUUCUGUUUUUGUUUCAUGUGGGUUCCCUGGCUUUCAGUGCAGGAAAAAAAACUCUAUUGUGUUGAUGUCCCAAAGGAAUGCUUCUGCCUUGUCUUGGGUUAAGAGUCUGUUUCUCACCCCAGACCCUGGUUUUCAGAGAUUUUACCUUGGUUAUAACAAUUUUGGAUUCAACCGUUUCUCAGUAUGGGGAGUCCAAAACGAGGAACACAUAAAGAAAAACAAUAGAAAAUGUAGUUUUUCCUGUCAUUUGACGUCUGCUUUAUAGACUUAGGACUGAGCCACAUAUGUUCAGAAUAUGACACUGGGAAGCUUAUGUAUCAUAAACAUUGUGUGCCAAGAUUAUUUUUGAAAAGUGGUUGACUUAUAUGUGUGUUUUCUAUUAUUUUAGAUGAAAUAUUUAUUUCAGAAAGCAUUACCAUAUGCCUCGAUAGUUUGAAUGAUAAACUGAAGCAAUUCCUACAAUGCUCUUAGGGUCUAAUGAUUAUAGAAUAUCCUCUUUGAAAUGUAUUUGAGUGUAUUUAAUCAAAAGACCAGAGCUUCUACUAGGAGAUGAUUCACAGUAUCGGGAAGAUUACACAUAUUCAAGUGAAAAUACACACACGUAAGAGACACGCACACUUCUCUCUAACUCUCAUUUUCCAGAGAGAUUCCCUGAGUAAUGAACUGGUAGUACCCGUUUUUUAAGUUCAUUUUCUGUUUUAUAAAGGAAAGAAAAAGGCGAGUUAAGUAUAUGAAAACUUAUUUUAAUAAUAUGAAAGGAGUAACAAAAUAAACAGAUGUCAGAGGAAUACAGAUCCAGGCCAGCAGCACAAAGCAGGUUGUUCCCCGUUUUAAAUAUGCAGUGAUUCAAUUAGAAGAGGUGGUAGAGAUUGGCUAAAUCUCUUUAUUAUUCAGAUUACUGGCUUUUAUUGUGUCAUGUCAGAUCCUUAAUGUGAUUUUAAAGUA